UCCAACCAUCCUUAUUUGCUACCACUGUCAAAAAUAACGUAAUGGAAGGAUUAACGAUUUGUUUUGUUGCACUAAAAACUAUCUAUUGGCUCACAUUGCCUUCAUACGAAUACCAAUACCUUGCAUUUAGGCAGUUUACUCUCCUACUCCUGUUUCCAGUCUUCUUGGUUACCCGUUGUUGUGACGUUUCUUUGACUUGACAUUUCUUACAUCACUUUUUAUCUGCCACAAAUUUUGAACAACCACACUUUUCAGUACUUUAAAGUUUUAAAAUAAUGUAACAUACUCUCUCAAGUGCAAAAAGGCCAUUACUCGUUAUCAAUAGCUGCAGCGCCAUUCAAUGUUAAGAUGGGAAUAGCUUAACAUUACUGACAAUUAUGUGGAAGUCUAAAUUAAACUACAAAUAUAUACAACACUGUCUCAGCCAAAUAAGGCUGAUGAGCACAUCUAAUAAACCAAAGAAUCACUACGAAUCGUUGGGCGUAUCAAAGGGUUCGACGCAAGGAGAAAUAAAAUCAGCGUAUUAUAAGUUAUCAAUGGUGUAUCACCCUGACAAAAAUCCAAAUGAUGCUGCCAGUUCCCAGAAGUUUAGAGACAUUACUGCAGCUUAUGAGGUCCUGGGAAAUGUUAAGACGAGAAAGCUGUAUGACAGAGGUUUAUAUAUGGGUUCAAUGGGGCAUGCACCUACAGAACAAGAGCCUGUAGACAAGUUCUACAAAUCAAGGGAAAAUCGUUCUAAGCCUCCUACACCAACUGGUCGAACCCCCAUCUAUGAUUUUGAUGAAUGGUCCAAAAACCAUUAUGGUGCUACGUUUAAAAAGCAUCAAGAGAAUAGAGAAAAAGCUAGGAUGUACCAAAUCCACAGGCAAAUGCAUAAGGAACAUGGUGUUAAAACAGACACAAUUUUUUUCAUGUUUGCCCUGUUGAUCCUCGUCAGUAUGUGUAUUUCAUCUGACUAUGGUUAUGAUCGAGUACCAAAUAAAGAUAAAAAUAAUGUAAAUAAUGCUGAAUUGAAAAAGUGAUCAAGGCUAUAUUGUAGGCAAUUUUAAAUUUAAAUCAUGCUAUCAUUGUUUACAGAUUCUAUUUUUUUAAGACAGAUUGUGAUAGUUCAAUUUGUAGGCUAUGAAUAUCUGUGGUAUGUUACCAUAAAGCAAAUGUUUGAAGAUUUUGAGAAAGACGAUAUAGAAAUUCAACGUUCUAGAACGUAUCCUAAAAAGAUAUUUGAAUAUUGUAUAUGUACAGAUAUUUAUUAUCCUUUGUAAAUAUGUCUAAAUAGAAAGUCUUAUUCCAUAUAGUCUUAUUUUGGUAGUACUAGUACCAAUCUGACAUAAUCACCUUAAAACCUUGAAAAUAGCAUUCAUUAGCUUCAAAAAAGUAUCUUGUUUGUAUUUUCUUCAUUUUCUAUGAAUGAAAAGUGGCACAACUGGACCACUUAUGUUCGACCGUAAAAUUUCGCGGCUAAGCUGUGUCGUAAUAAUUUUCAGCAGCAGUUAAUAAGCGAAAUUGUCACUAUUGGGCACCAGAGAAUC